CUCCAAAAACCUUAACCCUCGGACUCUUCCCAAUACUAUCCACAGCCUAUCUGCAUAGACCUCUAGAAUGCUUUCGAGGACGCGCAUAUCUAGUGCGCUCAGAACGUCUCUACGCAGCCGGUCAUUCUGGUCCAAGACUGCUCCGGACCCCUCACUACACGCUACAGUAGCCCCUCACCACCUCUACCUCUUCCUACACUCCCGCGUACCUCCGAUGGAAGCGCCGAGUCGCCCCGUGUCGUCUCUACGUGUCACUUUGCAACGGAGUCUUUCUCAGUUCGGCGGCAUAGUCAACUUCUCCUGGGCCCCAGACCAGCUCGAAACGGAGACCCACGGAAACAGAGAGAGGUACAAAGCGACCGCAUAUUCUCGGACUGGCGGCCGCCUGGAUCUAGACGAAGUGAGCUCAGACAAUAUGCAGGAUGUUCUUCAUGUCCUAGGGAGACAUGCGAGAGGAGAAGCGAAAGCAGGAGCAAACACAGAUGAUAGGUACGCGGUUGACAUGUACGUGUGUACGCAUAAAGACCGGGACUGUCGGUGUGGAGAGCAUGGAUACGCUGUGGUGCAGGCGUUGAGAGAAGAGGUUGCGCGACGGAAGACGAAUCCGGCCGACGCUGCACAUAGAAUCCGGUUGAUCGGAGAGACUACUCAUGUUGGCGGGCACAAAUAUGCUGCGAACGUCCUGAUAUACCCCCAUGGCGAUUGGCUGGGAAACGUACGACCGGAACAUGUGCCGUCUAUAGUGGAUGCUGUUCUCCAACUACCAGCUCGACCGUCCUCGGAGCAUGAGCCUCCAUUAUUACCGGCCCUUUGGCGGGGACGGAUGGGGCUCAGCAGUGAUCAACAGUCGUCACUAUACGAGAAGUAUUCCUCUUAG